AUGACGGGAGGAUACUAUUUCCACAGAGAUGUGCUGCCGUUUGUGGCCAUGGUCAGCUUGAACAUCAUCAACGUUGGGAUCAAUACGCUCUUCAAAGCUGCAACAGUGGAGGGGAUGAGCAACCAUGUCUUCGUCGCCUAUGACUAUGCCAUCGCUUCUCUUGUUCUUCUUCCUGCUCCUUUCCUCUCCAAAAGGUCGAGUGUUCUUCCUCCUUUGAGCUCCUCAGUUGUGUGCAAAAUUGGCCUCCUCGGGCUCAUAGGGAGUUCGUCUCAAAUCAUGGUGUACACUGGAAUCAACUACAGUUCUCCAACUCUUGCGUCCGCCAUUGGCAAUCUCACUCCAGCUUUUACUUUCCUGUUUGCCGUCAUUUGCAGGAUGGAAAGAGUUGCGAUUAGAAGAUCAUCCAGCCAGGCCAAAAUCCUAGGCACAAUAGUGGCAAUAGCAGGUGCAUUUGUGGUGACCCUCUAUAAGGGUCCCCCGAUUUUCGCGUCAGAAUCUCCAUCACCAACUAAACUGAAUUAUCAAUCAUCCCUUCUUCAGUCAUCAACAGCAACUACGCAAGGACAUUGGGUACUCGGUGGGAUGUGUCUCACCGUGAAGUAUAUACUUGACCCUUUGUGGUACAUUGUAGUGACACAGAUAAUGAAGGAGUACCCUGCAGAAUUCACAGUGAUCUUCUUCUACAAUGUAAUUGUCUGCAUCAUAACAUCAGUUUUUGCUCUGAUCACUGAAGGAACAACAUCAAGUGCCUGGAUAUUCAGCAGUAGCACAGCAAUAGCAUCGGUUUUCUGCUCGGGAGUGCUUGGAUCGUGCUUGAGCAAUGGCGUUGACGCAUGGGUGUUGCGGCUCAAAGGGCCAGUAUUUGUGUCGUCGUUCAAACCAUUCGCGAUGAUUGUAUCUGUUGCCAUGGGAGUUACACUUCUGGGUGAUAUUCUGCAUCUAGGGAGCCUGAUUGGAGCAAUAACCAUUGCAAUUGGGUUCUACAUGCUGAUGUGGGGAAAGGCCAAAGAGGAAGAUGAUAACACCAUCCCACAACGGAACAGUAAUCAUGUUAGUAGUCCCCUCGAACCUCAAUCCAACGAGAAGUUCGUUCCGAACUUGAUGAAAGAACGAAUGCUAGAGGCAGGUGGUAGAGCCUUGCCGGCUGCUGAAUGGGCCGGGUGGUGCAAAUCGUGGUCACCGGAGAAGAAAGAUGACGUGGGGUUACUAUUUCCAAAGAGAUGUGCUGCCGUUUCUGGCCAUGGUCGCUUAAACAUCAUCAGCGUUGGGAUCAGCACGCUCUUCAAAGCUGCAACCAUGGAGGGUAUGAGCAACAAUGUCUUCGUCGCCUAUGACUAUGCCAUCGCUUCUCUUAUUCUUAUCCCAGCUCCUUUCCUCUCCAAAAGAUCAAGUGUUCUUCCUCCUUUGAGCUCCUCAAUUAUGUGCAAAAUUGGUCUCCUCGGGCUCAUAGGGAGUUCAGCUCAGAUCAUAUUGUACACUGGAAUCAACUACAGCUCUCCAACUCUUGCAUCCGCCAUUGGCAAUCUCAGUCCAGCAUUUACUUUCUUGUUUGCCGUUAUUUGCAGGUACCAUUUCUUUCUCAAUCCUAGCUCCCGCUGCCGUAUUUGUGAGAAGCCAUAACUUCAACUACUUGUCCAUGAACUGAACGAACUCUCUCUAAUAUCCCGCCUAUGACAAGAAAAGGAUGGAAAGAGUUGUGAUCAGAAGAUCAUCCAGCCAGGCCAAAAUCCUAGGCACAAUAGUGGCAAUAGCAGGUGCAUUUGUGGUGACCUUCUAUAAGGGUCCCCCGAUUUUCCCGCUGGAAUCCACAUCACCAAUCCAAUUGAAUUAUCAAUCAUCCCUUCUUCAGUCACCACCAACAACAACAACACAAGAACAUUGGGUACUUGGUGGGAUGUGUCUCACCCUGAAGUAUAUACUUACCCCUUUGUGGUACAUUGUACUGACCCAGAUAAUGAAGGAGUAUCCUGCAGAAUUCACAGUGAUCUUCUUCUACAACGUGAUUGUCUGCAUCAUAACAUCAGUUUUUGCUCUGAUCACUGAAGGAACAUCUUCAAGUGCCUGGAUAUUCAGCAGUAGCACAGCAAUCGCAUCGGUUUUCUGCUCGGGAGUGCUUGGAUCGUCCGUGAGCAAUGGUGUGGAGGCAUGGGUGUUGCGGCUCAAGGGGCCAGUAUUUGUGUCGUCGUUCAAACCAUUCGCGAUGAUUGUAGCUGUUGCCAUGGGAGUAACGCUUCUGGGUGAUAUUCUGCAUCUAGGAAGCCUGAUUGGAGCAAUAACCAUUGCAAUUGGGUUCUACAUUCUGAUGUGGGGAAAGAGCAAAGAGGAAGAUGAUGACACCAUCCCACAACAGAACAGUCACCAUGUUAGUAGUACCCUGGAAACUCAUUCCAACGAGAAGGUACCUUUACUGCAAAAGCUGAACCAGUAGGGAAUCACCAAUCAAGGUGUAGUUGAACACAGCAGCAGAAGCUGCUGAUUUGGUCCGCACCCAAGAGUAAGUGCAGGAUGGUAUUUAAUAGCCUAGUAUGAUCUGUAAACCUAGGCGUUGGGUGCUUGUUCAAUGAAAGGCAAUUUGUAAAGAAGGAAAGCCAAUAAUUGAAAUUUGGAAGGGCAUCAAGUGGAACUCUUAGCUCUGUUCCAGAAGGGCGGGGGAGGUAAAGAACUGACCUCGCUGGUGUAAGUGCGAAAUGCUUUAACGUUGCCGUUGCCGGAGCGGAAUAGUUCGUUUCGAACUGGAAGAAAGAAGGAAUGCUAGAGGCAGAAGUAGAGCCUUGCCGGCUGCUGAAUGGGCCGGGUAGUGCAAAUCGUGGUUUGCAUUUUUGGGCUUUGAUAUGUUCCCUUUUGGACAUAGUUAUAUGGCCUGCUAGUUAGGCAUGAUCACCUAUGGGCUAUGGUCCAUUAUUAUUAACUUUUCAUUGGGUUA